AGAAAAAUAAUGAGGAGCAAGAUAAUUUGAUAAAGACUCGUGAAAACUCUCUGACCGAUCUUGGCAAGAAAAAUAAUCAAUUAGAGCAAGAAAAAAGAGACGUCGUUCAGCAAUUAACCUCUAAAACCAGUGAAUACCAAGAAUUAUCCGCCCAACGGGAAAGAUUAGUCCUGGAUAUUCAACGCUACGAGCAAGACCAAGUCACCACCCGUAAUCACUGCGGACAAUUAGAAAAGGAAAAAAAACAAUUAACCACUGAAAAAGAAGAAUUAAAAACUAAACUUAACCAAAAAGAGCAGGAAUUAAAAGAGACUAAAACUGCUAAUACUGAAAAAAUUAGAGAACUAGGAGAGCAAAUUAAACAAUUGCGGGAAAAGGCUCAAAACAAAGAUGUAGAAUUAGCCACUAAAACCCAAGAAAUUAUCAAAUUAGAUGGGGAAACUAAUAAAAAAGAUAAAAGUAUUGCUGCCCAGAAAGACCGGAUUAUCCAAUUAGACCAACAAUUAAAAACAACCCGCACUGAAUUAGGCGAACAGAUUAAAACCAAUCAACAAUUAGUCGGAACUAUUGAGACUAAUCAGCAAGCAAUUGAAGAACUAAAUCAGCAAUUAACUGCUCAAAGGGAAGAAAAUCAAAAUGUUCGCAACACGUUAACAAAUAAAUUGUCCCAAGAUGCCACUAUUUUAGCCCAGCAGUUGGAACAGGGCAAAAUUAUUGAAGAAUUAACUAAUAAAUUACAAUUGGAGGAGGAAAAUAGAAAGAAUUUGGAGCAGGAAUUAACUAAAACUAUUGAUCAAAAAUUAGAAAACAUUAAAACUGAAUUGCAAGAAAAAGUCAGUUCAAUUACGGCCGACGAUUAUAUCCAAUCCCGCGAAUUAUUGGAUAAUUUAACCUAUUUACAGCAAGUCCAAGACAAAUUGGGAGUUUCUUCGGUAAACGAGCGGUUAGAAGAAUUAUUAAGCCAGGAAACCAAAUUAAAAGAAUGGGAAAAAGAUUGCGGGGAAUUAACUCCAUCAACAUUAAUUACCCAAUUAGCCGACAAUAAAACUUUCUACGAAGAAGAAUUAAAAAACCGAGAACAAACUAUUGCCAAUUUAACUACUAAAAAGCAGGAAUUAAGCGAUAAAAUAUCAGAUUUACAAACCAGUUUAAGAGUUCAAAAAGAAAAAGUGGAGCAGUUGGAGCAGGCAAAGAAAAAAAUCACGGCUGAGAUAGGAACGCAGACGGACACUGCCCCAAUUACUUCUUGUAAGGAAGAAGGAUUAUUUACUUAUUUGCUAAGUGAAUUGACCGAUGCAACUGCAGAAUUAGUUUUUAUUCCGGUUAAUCAGCCUAACUUCCAUUGGUCGCUUCUGUUAGAAGUUCCUAAUCAUCUUACUGGUCAGCACUUUUUAGCCCGGCAUAAGAUUAGGCAGAAUAAUGGUUCUGAUUGUGGGGUAGCCGUAAUCGCUAUAAUUGAGAGAAUUAGAGAUAAAUAUAAUGGAGAAAUGGGGAGUAUUGAAUUAGGGAAAUUUGAUUUUAAGCAAGAAAGAAAAAAAAUAAGAAGACAAUAUUUAAAAGAAAAUGAAUAG